AUGUUUUCGCGCGUAGUAUCAAUACAUCUAACUAUAGCUGAUUCAGACACCGCUUUGCAGGAAAUAAAUGAGAAUGAAAUACUAGUCGAACCAAAAUUUACAAAAGAGGAAAUUGAAAAUUUAUUAAAGGAAGCUGAAGAAUCUAAACAUAUAGGAAAUGAGCAUUUCUUUAAAGGUAAUUUUGAAGAGGCAAUAAGAUAUUACCAAAAGUCCGUAGAUACAUGUCCUGUGGAGUUGGGAGAACAAAGAGCCAUUUAUUGGGGAAAUCUUUCAGCUUGUUAUUUUAAAUUGCAAAAUUAUAAUGAUUCUGUAGAAAUGUGCACAAAAGCAUUAGAAGUCUCACCUGAUUAUACAAAAGUAUUAUUUCAUUAUGAAGCUUUAAAUAAAAAUUCCAUUCACCAUACAAAAUUAACAUCACAAAAUCAUAAACAAAUACAAACUUCUAUAAGAAAUUUACCAGCAAGAAUUGAAGAAUCAAAAGAGAAAGAGAAAGCAGAAAUGAUUAAAAAUCAUCCUGAAUUGCAAUUGGCACCACCCUUUGCAGGAAAUUCACAAUCAAGGAGAUAUAAACGGUGCCAAAUUUCCAAUGCAAUAACAAAAGAUAAAUUUCUUAUCGAAAGAAUUUUACAAAUCAGAGGUGCUUUACAAAGAAUCUCCGAAAAAGAAUAUUGUACACGUAAAGGAAUAGUUGUCACUGAAUCCGAUCAUUCUACCCCAAGAAGGAACCAUAAAAAUUCAAGACUUUAG